CUGACGUCGUGUUGAGUUGAGUUUCACUGCAGUCUACAUCAAGCAUCCUUUCCUUGCUCAAAUCUUCUGUCUUCAUCCUCAACGAAAACUGGUGCUUUCACUUACUUUAUUUCAAGAUGGCUACCUCACAGCCAGAAGGCACGAUCAUUGUCGACUCCCGGACCAAGCGCAAGUAUCGCCAGGGUCGCUUUCUAGGGAGGGGAGGCUUCGCCAAGUGUUAUGAGCUGACAGAUCAGGAGACCAACCAGGUGUACGCUGGCAAGAUCGUUGAUAAAACCUCACUGACCAAGCAACAUCAUCGCGACAAGCUGACCAUGGAAAUCAAAGUGCAUCGAUCCGUCAAGCAUCAGCACAUAGUUGACUUUGUUGACUGCUUCGAGGACUCAAACAAUGUCUAUAUCAUUCUGGAGUUGUGCCGCAGCAAGUCCAUGAAGGAGCUCCACAAGCGUCGGAAAACACUGACAGAGCCUGAGACCAGGUACUUUAUGAAGCAGAUCAUCUCCGCCCUCGUGUAUCUGCACGAGCAGAAAAUCAUCCACCGCGAUGUGAAGCUGGGAAACCUGUUUCUGAACGAGGACCUGGAAAUCAAGAUGGGUGACUUUGGACUGGCAACUGUCCUCGACUACGAUGGUGAAAAGAAGAAGACGGUGUGCGGAACGCCUAACUACACCGCUCCCGAGAUCAUUACAAAGAAGGGGCACAGCUUUGAGGUGGACGUCUGGUCACUGGGAUGUAUUAUGUACACUCUGCUGAUCGGCAAUCCACCCUUCGUCGGCACCACGCUGCGCGAGGUCUUCAGUCGCAUUCGCAAGAACGACUUCCACGUUCCGCCGCGACAGAUCAGCGAAGAAGCGCAGGCACUCAUCGUGCGCCUGUUACACCCAGAUCCCAGCCAUCGGCCGAAGCCAGUUGAGAUCCUGAGCGACCCAUUCUUCACCACCGGCACAUGUCCCAAGCGACUACCAGUGACGGUGCUGUCGAUUGCACCGCGGUUCACCAGUGCAUCCAGCAGUACGGUUCACUCCGGUGCGGCAUCAUCGCGACACCCACUGGCCGAACGGAACACAUCGGUCCCCACGCGUCAAGGCACGGUUGCCACCAAGGCUAUCCCGACGCCUGCUUCCGCAGCAACGGCUGAGCCACCGCUUGAUGACAUUGCUGCUGAGCCAUCCCCUAUGGACCAUCUAAAUGAACUCUCCGCUCAGCUGGAGAAGGUGAUUGCAACCAAGCCCGGCACCAAGCCCAUUCGAUUUCAUGAUGACGCUGAAGACCCCGCCGCUAACCCAGUCUAUUGGAUAGGCAAGUGGGUAGACUACAGUGACAAGUACGGCUUCGGUUACUCGCUGUGUGAUGGUAGUUCAGGCGUUCUCUUCAAUGAUGGUUCUCGGAUGAUGAUGGCUGCAGAUAGUAUAAAUGUGCAGUACCUGGAAGGCAAGAAGGCGGAAGCUUUCUUCACGGCUGAAGACUACCCAAGUUCGCUACAGAAAAAGAUGACCCUACUCAAGUACUUCCGCAGCUACAUGACACAACAUCUUCUCCGGGCGGGUGGCUCCAGGGCUCCGGAUCGGUAUGAAAACGGACGCCUUCCUAUGCUUCAAACGUGGUUCCGGACAAAGAACGCCAUCGUUCUGCAGCUAAGCAACGGCAUCCUGCAGAUCAACUUCUUCAAGGACCAUAAUAAGAUCAUCCUGUGUCCACGCAUGCAAGCGGUCACGUACAUCGACGAAGAGCGGCACUUCCGCACAUUUCCGUUCCAUCUCAUCGAGGCAUGUGGAUGCAGCGAGACACUUGCCGAGCACAUGGCUUAUGCACACACAACUGUGGUGCGAAUGCUGACUGAUGGCAUCAAGAAAGCACCCGUUGCGAAGAAGCAGUCAUCGGGCCCUAGUAUGGCGACAUCGACAGAACCGACCGUGGCCGGUUCCACAAUGGCAUGAUCGCAAUGAUGGUAGCCCUGCUGCAAUUGAGUAGCCACUCUCCUUGCACGUCAUCCUUCAUGACGUGUCUGGUUUUUAUCGUGGAGGAAGAUAACGGUUUGUGAAAUCGCUCUCCUGUUGGUAAGUUAUGUCCCUGCGUGUGCAACUCUCCAAGGCGACGGACUGCAUCAAGCUACGGUAACUUGGUGCCUUGUCAAAUCCUAUCGUCUUCUCUUCCAUUAGGUAGUGUUUGCUGUACAUUGUUCGUACAGUUAGCUGAAUUACGCAUACCUACGACUUAGAUAACCAAAACUAUUUAAUAAUACGUACCGCUUCAGUGACAAUCGACACGACAACAUAGGACUAGAAACUUGUCAUUCUGAUUUUUUUGUUUUCACAUUUACAAAAUCUCUUUUCUUUUCUUUUCACACUGCUACAGUUGUGUUUAAUUCUAUUUCCUGUUUUUGCCUUCUCCUUCAAACAUUUUCAUUUCCUGUACCACUCAUUGAGGUCUCGUUGACGAUUGGAUACAUACUUCCUGCGAUUGAAUCACACGCAGCCAGCCCCUA